CUGGCCGCGAGAUACCUUCAUAUCAUACGUAAUGGCACUGCAGAGAUGGACGAGAAUUCGAGGCGAAAGCAAGCUGCGAAGGCGAAGGCAGAAAAAGAGGCUGCGAGUGGCACGCCGGGGGAUAUCGCGACACGGAAGAAUACCUGUGCAUCUUCGUCUCUGUCGAGGUCCACAUCUACCGCGUUAACUGCAAGGCCUUUAAAGAAGACGGCUAGUAUCUCGUCUACUUCUUUUUCUGCACCUCUGCGAGGAAAUGUGAUCAGUAGAUCAUCGAGCUCUGCAACUCUCAAGCCUACAGUUAAACUUUCUAGAGACAGUGGCACAUGUGGAGACAUCCAGAUGAUGUUGGACUCAGACCGAGAUACGGAUCGCGAGGGAAGCACUUUCACCGAUUUUGCAGGUGACUUCGCUCCAAACGAGUCUUUCUCGAUGCACGUGGAUGACGUCCUACCACCUCCCAAGCGCACUGUGGGGAGGACCCCCAGUAUUAUUAUGGACACUAGUCCUGCAGCUUCUUCCUCAAACUCUGGGUUCAUGCCUCCUUCCAAAGCUCUCACAACUGCAUCUACCUCCGUGUUCACAGUAGUUCCAGAGAAGAUACCCCAGUCGAGACAUGUUGUAGCACCCUCAGCAACUCAACGAGGUCCCCCACCGCUGGGGAUGCGCCGGCAACACAACCUCCCAAAUUCCGGAUUUCCUUUGUCGCAAUCGCGCUACGCCACCACGCAGUCGCCCUAUGCGGCUUCACAAGCGAUGGGACAAAAGCCAGUGACGCUUCCACCCUUCAAGCCUCCGCUGCUCAAGAAGCCCAACUCGAAACCUGCUUCCGCGCCAAAGCGGGUCGUCCAGACUCCUGAAAGCCCGCCGACUUCGACGCCCGAGCUGGUCAAGGACGAUAGCAACGAUGAUGGUGAUGAUGAAGAGGAUAAACUCGGUGCGGCGGGUGCGGAUUCGUCGUUUGAUGUGUCAUUUGAUGUGGAUGUGGAUGCCCUGGAGGCGACCAUGCGGCAGUAUGAUUAAUGGGGUGGACGUAUGCGUUUUUGAUGCCGGAGAAGAUACGAGGUGGGUGUAUGCUAUGGAAGGUGAAUGCUAUGUUUUCGAUCUGUCUUUGAUAAUCCAUCUACUUAGAUACAUGUACACGCAUUCACAUAUAAUAC